CUCCUCCUGUUCUUCAAUAUUGUACUGUUUUUUUUUUUUCGAGUUAAAAUGGCCGCCUUACAGAUAUAAUCCUCGGAGCUCCACCGUCAAAUCCCUUCACCAUCCAAAGCAAUAACCAAUGCGAUCGGCCAUUCGGACGGCACCGUAAGCCUUUCCUAGACGUUAUAAUACAGAUUAUGCUUUGGUUUCAAGGAUGGAAGAUCUAUCUGUUUCAUAUUUAACCCUUUGCUCUCCGAGAUCCGCGUCCAAAUGAGCGAGACCCGUGGAGCAAUAAAAGAAAAGACAGAGAUGCCUUUUGAUAAGGAUAUUCUUCGUCGGUCUUUAAAAAUGAUGCAUCAAGUAGGUAGCAGCAACAACGAUUACGGAUUGGGAGGCCUGGGAGAAGAUGGCCAGCACUCAAGUGGACAUUUUGAGUUGUGCGCCUCGCAAUCGGGGAAGUUCUAUCCGUCCGGGCCGCCUCCGCCGCUCCAGCUGCCCAUACCGAAUUUGCCGCCCUUACCGCAGAGCAUGAUCAAGCCCAUGUCGUGCCAGAUGCAGGACUCGGCGAGCGACUUCCUGCCUCAGGCCGUGCGCAUGAGGGCCGCCGAGGCGCCCGAAGGCUCCAAGAAGAAGAAAGGACUCGGGAAGACAGGAAGGCGCGGCAGACCUGCGGGUACCACCAAGUCCGCUGGGUAUCGGACAAGCACGGGGAGACCGCCUGGUACCACGAGGGCAGCUGGGUUCAAAACGAGCCCCGGGAGACCGCUGGGGACGACCAAAGCCGCGGGUUACAAGGUCAGUCCCGGGAGGCCUCCGGGUAGCAUCAAGACAUUGGCGAAACUCAACAAACUGGACUAUAGCGCCUGUAACGGAGCCCCCUUCCCUUACACGCUGAUGCAGAAACGGGCGCUUUGUGAAGCCACAGUCAAAGAGAAAAACACUAGCGAAUGAGGGGCAGGCUUUUGUAUUUAUUAGGAAAGGAUCGAAACCGCGUAUAUCCAUGGAGAAGUUUUUUUUUCUGUUUUUUUUUUUUUGCACUGGAGGCACUGACUCUUGCGAGAGCAGAAAGGCAAAUUUUGAUACUUAGACUUAACACUUGUUAUGUAUGUGGAAGUGUUACAUCGUCAUGAUCAAUUUCGUGUUAUUUCUCUAUCCAAAGAGCAUUACUCAUUCUCUCACACCUGCUAGGAAGGAGCAAUAAGCAGACUUCCGUUUCAUUUCAUUCGAAGGAAUAAAACCUUCAGGAAAAAAUCAACCUAUGGAGCGCUAUGCCUCGGCUAGACAUAACCCUGGGGGUUCGUGGCAGACAGACGCAGACAAAGACCUUUCCUCUCGACGGCCUGUCCGAUAAAAAGACCGACAAGCAAAUCCCCAAAAAAUGGCUGCUUAUUGCUCCUUUAAACGUAUAUUAACCUACUGUACAGAUGUGCAUGAUAGUAGUCUUGUGAAACAAUAACACAGUAUGUAUUAUAUGACAUUUCUCGGGCCAAUAGUAUUCACAAAAAGAAAAAAAAAAAACCUACCGCAAAUGUAUAGAGAGAAAAAAAAGAAUCACUUUUGUGUUGUUUUUAAACUUGUUACCUAACUUUUGAUAACGUGACCGCUUUAUGCCGUUCUGUAGCGACAUUCGAUUUCAUUCCGCACUUGAAAACGUUUAAUCAAUAUCACGUGCAUAUUUAUCCUUCUUUUCUUAACGUGUUAUGUGAUUCGUGCUUUGCCUGUAUCGUCUUUGGUAUGAACUAUCUUUUAUUUGUAUUGAAAGAAAAGAAAAAAAAACGUGGUGCCCUUUUAAAGUAGUGUCGAGUGACUUUUGAAGACUAUUUCAAUUAAUUAUUUUUAUCCGUUCGUUCGUUCGUUCGUUUGUUCGUUUGUGGUGAGACGAGAAAAAUGAAUCAGUGUAAUGCUUCAGAGCAUUCUUUUUUUCUAUAUGUGAUUGUGAUACAUUUGAUAGUUUAGUAUAUCCUGUAGUGUUCCUGUUCCAUACAAAAUAUUCAUGUUUAUCCAAAUCUGGAAUGCCAUGGUUUAAUCUUUCGUUUAGUGUUGUGUAAGCAAUUAGCAUCCAAUCUGCAAAAAAACUAAAAAAAAAAAAAACCACACAAUAAACAAAUAUCACGUAAGCAA